AUGUUGCUGCGUGUCACUGGGCACACGCAGGAGAUGCUGCGGCUGCUGCACCUGGCGGCUGGACACGCGGCAGUCCCUGUGGAAAAGAUGGAGGACGCCUUCGAGAGGCACUUUGGCUUUGUGGAGACGAGGGGAACGAGUACAGGGAGCGAGCGAGUAGCAUCGACGACUGCUGCUGCGUGGCGGACGGCCGUGUGGCGAACACUGCAGCUCCAUUGCUACUUUACCCAGAUCGUUGUCGAAAGCAGGAGCGGAGGCAAUGCGAAGAAUUAUGUGUUAAGUGUCGUGCCGCUUGACUGGGCGGCUGCCCUCCGCCGCGUUGCAGCCGGGAUUCCGUACGAGGGCUGGACGGAGAAGGAGCUUAUUGCACGUCUGCGAAGCAGCUGGCCGAUCUUAGAGAAGUACGCCCCUAUGUGGUCGACAGGGUACAGCGAUGUCAACUCCUUCGCACAGCUGGUGUACAGGCACUUUAGCUCUAUCGUGACAGUGACACGGUCUGCCGUGACGGAUGAGGUACUCUACCAUCGUACUGGACACAACAGUGUUUCGGUGACCUGGCAGGCGUCGCCGGAUGCAUCCGCCAAACCACAAGCCCUGGCUGGUGCUCCGGAGGCCAGCGAGGCGUGCGCUGCUGUUCAGCACGCCUUGCACACACUUGGGCGCGGUCACCAACUGCCAGUGUGGACGGAUGUCGACCAGGUGGCUCCACUCUUGUCAGUUCAAUCGGGUCUGGCUGAUGGACGGCCGUCCACGUGGCAGGAGGCGUUUGCCAAGGAUGCAGAGCUGCGCGGGGCCUUCCACCUCGAGGGUUACGUGCGCGUACGGGCCAUCGAAAACCACCAGCGCUUUAUGGCCAUCGUAGACUGCACCUCCGUCUCAACAGCUGAGGUGAAAGCGUUACUCAGGCAGCAUCCCGUACGGGGCGGUGGUGUCAGCGUGAAACUCUUGCUGCGUGAUGACAUGGCACCAGAGUCGCAUGAGGCGUACGUACGGACCUGCACCGAUGCUGCGGGGCCCUCCACCCUCGUCGAAGGCGUGCUGGUGGAUGCGCUGUUGGAGCCGAAGCAUCUUCUUGCUGCACUCCUCGAGACGGCGGCAACGGAUAUGGAGCGCAACGUAGGGGGUGCGGCGGUGGCGCAACCGGUGGAGAGCACCACAGUGGCGGCGAAUACCGAUUCCGAAGCGUCAGAGGAAGGGAGUGCGUCGUUACCAUUUUCUCCAUCAACACCUAUGCGAGUUAUGGUGCUCUGUGGCGCGGCAUCUCGCGAGGCGUUUGCGGGAGUGGUGGGGGAGGCACGCUCGUCGAAAGUGGCGAUAACCUUACUCACACCCGAGGCACUACAGCAGGCGUAG